UUGCAGGCACAAUGGUAAGAAUCUUUCAACGUGCUAUUUCUGGUAACACUGGUAAAAAUUGUGUAUACAAUUACAAUAUGAAGUUAGUUAAACAUUGAGCAAUAUGACCAGUACUUUUGACGUCUUGGAUUACGAGUAUGUUGUCCUAAAGAUAAAUGGAUAUGAUAUUAGUAAUUUAUCAAGAUGUGAAGCGGUUCAAAUGUUCCUUCAGGCUAAAGAAACCAUUGUGGUUGAAAUAUGCCGGCAAAAGAAUAAUGCCUUAGAAAAAAAUGUUAAUUUAUCAGGAGCUGAAAAUAUUCUAAAAAUAUUACCAGCUGAGGAACGUCAAAAUGUGAAUACAAACUUCAUAAGUAGAUCUCCAACUGAAUCUUCAUCUAUAACCUGUGCCUCUAAAAAUGUCAAUUUAAAUCCAAUUAUGGACGCUGAGCGUGCCCAAGAAGAAAAGAAAAAACAGCAAAUUAUUUUAACUUUCCGUGAUUUGAGCAUUAACGAAACUUCAGUUUGUCCCUCGGUUUUUUUUGCUUCUAAAGAAACACAAACGUAUGAUAACGAUACUUCAUCAAAAGGUGAUUUAGAACGAACCAUAACUGAUCAUUUAAUUGAACAAGAACACAAUUUAUUUGAACAAUGCCUGGAACCAGAAAUUGAUAUUGAGGAAAUAACUCUCAAUAAGCCAAUGGAUGUUGCAUCUUCGGGACAAAUAGGACUACAUGUUUGUUCCACAGGCUUUUCAUCGUCUAACAUUAAUCAGGAAAAGGACGAUUUUUUUUCCACAGAAUCAGAUAUUUUUGAAGAUGUAUUUAUCUGUGGUAUAAAAUCAGAUAGUAUUGCCCAUCGAGAUGGACGACUUCGAAAGGGUGACCAGAUACUUCGUAUUAAUGGUAUAGAUGUAAGAAGCAAGGAAGAUGCAGAAAGAUAUAUAGCGGAAAAAAAGUCAACGGUGACGCUUCUAGUUAGCCGAAUAUUAUACGCAGAAGAUGACGAAGAUGACAUUGAGAGUAACUUUGAGUACGACAACAGUUUCCUGAGCGACGACUACAAAAAUGUCGUGGAUAAAUUGGAUAAAGUCCUACUUAGCCAAGUUAAAUCUAAAAACACUUUAUCCAAUAAUCAACCUGUGCCCCACUCAAAAUGUCUAGACUUAGAAAAAAAAAAAAAUGCUGAUGAAAAUAUCAAGUUUUCAAAUAACUCAAGACCUGUUUCAAACAAAAAAAAAUAUUUUAAUCGAUCUACAAAUAAAAAUCAAGGAAAUCUUUCAUAUGAAUACGAUGAAAAUGAGCAUAUAUAUGAAACCAUUCCAGAGGAUUUUGAAUCUGAACCUCUUUAUUGUUCACCUUAUCAAAGUUCGAACUACAUGAUGGCAGUGGGUUCUUGCUCACCUGCAACAAUAACGGCACCGAUCGAAAUAGAAACAGAUGUUUUGAAAACAGCAAUGCAACAACAAACUCAACGUGUCGCCCAAUGGCUGGGCUUAAAAUCGCAAUGUUCUAAGCCUAUACAAAAUGUUGAUCAACCAAAAGCAACAACAUCAGGUCAGCUUCCCGAAUGCAAUCGUAUUUUCACAUUACGGAGCACAAUGACUUGUACAAGUCGAUCAAGCAGUAGUGGAGUCGUAUAUAGCUUAAAUCGCCCAAGUAAUAUUCCUUACGAAAAAGUUGAUAAUUGCUUAAGCGCUUACAGCACUUCAGACUCAUACAAUCGUGCGCCGCCUUACAUAAACACAUUGAAUGCUGUUGAUGAAACCAUCUUGAACUCUAAACUCGAUGAUAUUGAUCAUGCCGUCGACUCUGCAGUUUCCCAAAGUGCGGCUUUUCUUACAUCUCCUUUAAGUAGUAUGUUACUUUUACCGUUUGGAAAAUCAGGACGCAUUGGGCUUUGUUCUGCUAACUUGGACACAGCUUAUAUCACCGAAACCCACAGCAAAACCUGCAAAGAAGAGGACGUAAAUAUCCCUAAAUCAGAUGAAAAAGUAAUAAAUAUAAAACAAAUAGAAGAAAGUCACUGUCGGCAGUUCAAUGCACCAAAUUUAAGUCGCUAUCACUUUGUAAGUAGCCAAGAGGUUGCGAACAAAGUCCAAGAUACUAUAAGUUCAACCAAUGCGCCUGAACUAAUUAAACUAAAAGAUGGGGACGAAAAAUCUAUGGUUUGGAAAGUUAAGCGACGUGCAGAUGGAUCUCGAUACAUUGUAAAACGACCGGUGCGUAAUCGUACACUUCAAAAAAAUAUUCGAGGAUGUGAGCUAGCUACUGAAGAGGAAACAAUCUCAGAAGUUAAAAUUGGUCGUUAUUGGACAAAGGAUGAAAGGAGAAGACAUAUAGAGCGGGCCCGAGACCGACGACAUCAUCAAACAUAGCUACAAUAAAAACAACAAAUAUGUUUUCCUAUAUAACCUAAGUACUACAUUAUAUAGCUUUAAUUAGUAAUAAAUACGUAGCAUUUAUAUUUGUUUUUAUAAU